UUCGAGAAGAUGAAACAUGCUCUGCGUUGUGGUAUUACUCGCGUAGAGGAAUUGGAUCGUGUGAAGGCUGAGAAGGCUGAGGCUGAGAGGGUGCGUAUUGCUGCUGAAGUGCAGGCUGUAGUAGCAGAGGAAUCUGCUGUUGUAGCUAGGGAUUCUUCUUUUGAAGGUUUUGACUGGAACUCCGUGGAUUUGGGAAGCUCUGUGGUAGAUUGGUCGGGCUUCCUGGAGAAUAAGGUUCCCGAGGCUUCUGAGUCUCGGUCCGGGGCAGAGCGAUCAUCCUAG